AUGAGCAGAAAGAAGGAUCUGGAUCAAUGUAACGAAGAAGCUUUGAAGCGGCACAACGAGUUACGAGCCAAACAUGGCGUACCACCCGUCAAGCUAGCAAAGGAUCUUCAAGAUUAUGCACAAAAAUGGGCGGAACAUAUGGCCAAUAAAGGCAGCUUAAGUCACAGCAAUUGCACCCUGAAUGGAGGAAGGCUAGGAGAAAACAUUGCUUACACUGGUUCCUCCAUACCCACUGACUACGCAGGGAAAGAUUUUACGGAUUCCUGGUACAGUGAAAUAAAAGACCACAACUUCAGCAAGGACCACCAGCCUGGAACAGGUCAUUUUACUCAAGUUGUUUGGAAGGGAACCACAGAAGUCGGGUUCGGUAAGGCGAAGUCUGCAGACGGCUGUACCGUUUUUGUGUGCGGAAGUUAUCGCCCGCCCGGUAAUAUGCUUGGAGAUUUCGAAAACAACGUUUUCCCACCAAAAUAAUUAUUUCAUUUAGAUUAACAUUUUAACACCAUUUGAACUUCUAAAAUAAUUUCUACAUACUUAUUUGGAAAAAUAUACUAGUAGUACACGGUGACUGUUUUCUCUACUACGUUUUAGUUAUA